AGAAGGGGCUGCGGCGGCCGCCCUCAACGUGCAAGUCGGCGAGAGUAGCGCAGGCUAUUGCAGAUAUGCAUGAGGAAAAUAAAGCUGCAGCAAAUGGAUGUGGCAAAAUCCGAAGUGGCACUCAGAAUGAGGCUGCUUUACUGGCCCUGAUGGAGAAGACUGGAUACAGCAUGGUUCAAGAAAAUGGGCAAAGAAAAUUUGGUGGUCCUCCACCAGGUUGGGAAGGUCCUCCACCACCUCGUGGAUGUGAAGUUUUUGUGGGUAAGAUUCCUCGUGAUAUGUAUGAAGAUGAAUUAGUUCCUGUUUUCGAGAGAGCUGGGAAGAUCUAUGAGUUCAGACUGAUGAUGGAAUUCAGUGGUGAGAAUCGAGGCUAUGCCUUUGUGAUGUACACUACUAAAGAGGAAGCCCAGCUAGCCAUCAAGAUUCUUAAUAAUUACGAAAUUCGUCCAGGGAAAUUUAUUGGUGUCUGCGUAAGCUUGGACAACUGCAGACUAUUUAUUGGAGCAAUUCCAAAAGAAAAGAAGAAAGAAGAAAUACUGAAUGAAAUGAAAAAAGUUACAGAAGGAGUGGUGGAUGUCAUUGUUUAUCCAAAUGCCACUGACAAAACUAAAAAUCGUGGCUUUGCUUUUGUAGAAUAUGAAUCUCACAGAGCAGCUGCGAUGGCUAGAAGGCGGCUAAUCCCAGGAACAUUUCAGCUCUGGGGUCAUACUAUUCAAGUAGACUGGGCAGACCCUGAGAAAGAAGUUGAUGAAGAAACAAUGCAGAGAGUGAAAGUAUUGUAUGUAAGAAAUUUAAUGAUAUCUACUACAGAGGACACAAUUAAAGCUGAAUUCAACAAGUUCAAACCAGGAGUAGUUGAACGUGUAAAGAAGCUGAGAGACUAUGCUUUUGUUCAUUUUUUCCACCGAGAAGAUGCAGUUGCUGCUAUGUCGGUAAUGAAUGGAAAGUGCAUUGAUGGAGCUAGUAUUGAGGUAACGCUGGCAAAGCCAGUUAACAAAGAAGGUACUUGGAAGCAACAUUUUAAUGGUCAGAUAAGUCCCGGUUCUGAAAAUCUCUUAGCGUUUCCUAACAAAGAAGAUUGUCAUCAAAAGUCCUUAGGGAAACCAGCAAGUCUUUCAGUUCGUCUUAAUGGUCAGCACAGUCCAGGCCCCCCUGAAGUUGAAAGAUGUACAUACCCAUUUUUUCCAGGAAUAAAGCUUACUCCGAUUAGCAUGUAUUCUUUAAAAUCCAGUCACUUCAGUUCUGCAGCAAUGCAUCUGGAUUAUUUUUGCAAUAAAAAUAACUGGGCACCGCCAGAAUACUACUUGUAUUCAACCACAAGUCAGGAUGGGAAAAUACUCUUGGUGUACAAGGUGCUUAUUCCUAGUAUUGCAGAUGGUUCCCAGAGUUAUUUCAUGCCAGACAAACUCUGUACAACAGUAGAAGGUGCAAAGGAAUUGGCAGCACAGUUCACACUUCUACAUCUAGCCAACUGUACACCCUAUUUGGCUUGAAUUGCCCUGAAGAAGAAAAGUUCAAAAUUUAUUGCUUUGGAUCUUACCACAAAAGAAGAAAGAACACCACACUGAUACAUAAUUACCGGAAAUUCACAUUACAUGUUUAUUGAUGAAUAAUUCUUCAAAGCACAUGUAUGUAUUAAACAUUCCACUUUAAAGAUUAGUGAAAUUGAAUGUUAAAUUGUUUUGGUUAGCUUGAUUAAAUUUGUUUUGAAAAUAAUUUGUUUAAAAGAUUUUUAUUACUUGUAAUAGUUUAUACAACAGUAGCUUAUUUUUAGUGUUGAAAUAAUUUGCUACAAUUCCUGCUCUUGUAUUUUGAGUUUCAUGCAGAAUUUUUACAGCUUCUGUUGUAAGUAAUAAAUCUUAAGCAAACAUUAAACACCCACCCCCGCCCCCCCAACACACCGCCUUGGCAACCCUGCCUUUUCAUACAUAAACAUACAUAAUAAGAAACUUAAAUAUCACACUCAGAUUUGUUUCUGUAACAUGAUGCAAAAUUUUAUAGGAACAACAUGUCCAAUAAAAUCUUUGCUUCUGGUACAGCAUUACAUCAAUGGGGGAGUGGUAUUUUGAAGGGCUUUAUGUCAACAUACCAUCACGCUAUGUGAGAUAUAUUGCUAUAGUCGUAACAUUGAGGUUCAAUACCUUAGAUAAUUCUUUGAGACAAAAAUGGGCCAAAAAAAAAGUCUUGACACAUACAAAUUACAUGUACUUUUACGUACAGCUCACUAAGUUGCAUUUCCUGUUGUUAGCUCCUUUCUGCUGGGACACAUGUGUGCUUCCAUGUUUACAGAGGCCUUGCUCUUAUCCAGGUUAUCCCUCGUAACCAGCACUUCUACUUGCCUGUGGUAGCCAUGUUGAACAGCAGCUUGCUCACUUUCUAAUCAGGCCAUGUUGUUCUUAAAAAACACUGUUUAGCAUUAAACUGAAAAUAGUUUUCAAUUUUUUAAAUCGGGUAUAUGUAAUUCAUUUUGAGUGAGCCAUCUUUAUUUUUAUUGUGACUAUUUAGCAUUUCUCAGUAAAGUGCUUUAUUUAUUGCAUGACAAAAAAUAAAGGCUUUUUUUUUUUUUCCCUUUUUUUAAAAUCUGCAACUAAUACAGUAGAUCAUCCUUCUUUUUGAAUUUGGUGUAUAGUUUCAGUUCCUGGUCAAGGAAUGGGCCAAGUGGCAUAUGUUAAGAGUCUAAGGGCCUCACCUAUGGAAGUAUUGGUUGUAAGCUGUUUUGUCUGAAAAGUGUUUGUCAAAAAGGAAUAUUAUGUAGACAGAAAACAAUGCAAUGGAAAGAUUUAAAGUUGAAUAAUUUUUCUUAAAAGCAGUCAACUAUUGUGGUCUAUUACAUAUUUUGGUUCAUGUUUCAUCACCAUAUUAAAUUGUCUUUUUUGAUGUUAAUUUAGGUGCAGUUAUAGCAGUUUAAUUUUUAUUUGCAUUUGAUAUUAGCUACAUAGUAGUUUUAAGUGUUGUAAUUUUUAAUGUUGAAAUCAUGUGUUUGACUUCUGUACUUGAAUUAACAUUUAUAUUAAAUUU